UGAUCAAAAGGAGGGACAGCCACCCCCAGGAAAUAUCAUACAUAUUUGUAUGAAUGUAUGAAUAUCAGCUGACUUUCAUCCCCAACUCCCAGUCAACUGAACUAUCCUACCAGGUGGAUUCUCAAACUAAAACAUAGCAAAGAGUAGAUUACCAUGUCGUCGGAGGAAAUGAGCACUGAGAUCAUCACCCUCACCCGCCAUGUGCUUAAUUCUCAGGCCAGAACUCCCCAGGCCAGUGGUGACCUGACCAUCUUACUGACCGCCAUCCAAACCACUUGCAAGUUCAUCGCCACCAACGUUCGUCGGGCCCGGCUUCUUAACCUGAUCGGCGCCGCUGGAAUCACAAAUGUUCAAGGCGAAGAGCAGAAGAAGUUGGAUGUGCUUUCGAAUGACAUCAUGAUCAACUCACUUAGAGCCUGCGGAAAGGUGGCCUUGAUGGUUUCAGAGGAAAACGAUGAACUGAUAAUGGUGGAGGAUCCGAGACAAAAGGGGAAAUAUUGCGUGGUCUUUGAUCCCCUUGAUGGGAGUUCAAAUAUCGAUGCUGGUGUGAACAUUGGAACGAUCUUUGGAAUCUAUCGAGUGCCGGAGGGAGAAGAGGCUGGCCUUAAGCAUGUGCUCAAGCCUGGAAAGGAGAUGGUUGCUGCUGGUUAUUGCAUGUAUGGAUCGAGUGCCAAUUUAGUGAUUUCGACUGGCCAAGGAGUCAAUGGAUACACUCUAGACAAUGGAAUUGGCGAAUUCAUCUUGACUCAUCCGGACAUCAAGGUCCCAAAACGGGGAAAGAUCUACUCAUUUAACGAGGGUAACACGAUGUUCUUCCACGAACCUGUGGUCAAAUACUUGGAAAGUAUCAAGUUCCCAGCCAAUGGGAAACCCUACUCAGCCAGAUACAUUGGCAGUAUGGUUGCUGAUGUCCAUCGAACGCUCUUAUAUGGCGGAAUCUUUGGUUAUCCGGCUGAUAAGAAAUCGACUAGUGGUAAAUUGAGGAUUCUCUAUGAAGGGUUCCCGAUGGCCUUUUUAACUGAACAGGCUGGUGGGACCGCAACCACCGGUACCGAGAGAGUUCUCGAUGUCAUCCCUACCGACAUUCAUCAGAGGAUCCCUAUCUUUUUGGGCAGCACUGACGACGUCGAAGAUUGUAAAUCUUUUUACAAGUGA